AUGAGUUUAUUUCAAUUGGGUCUAACUGUCUUCUAUGUUUUUCUGUUCAAGCUCAGUCAACAAACAGAUCUUAGUGUUUUAUCAAUUAAUGCGAAUCGAUAUCGAGCAGAACUCGCUCAUAUUGUUGGUUUCUUUGUCAAUACUGUUCCACAUCGUAUCAUUUUGGAUCCUCAGAUGUUAUUCUCUGACUUGAUGAAACAAGUAAAACAAAAUUCGAUAUGCCUAUUCUCCUAUUCUCAUCUACCUUAUCAAGAGAUUGCUUCGAAAGUUGUAACUGCUGCCAGAACAUUUUUCGUUGUAGAGGAUAUCGCGUCCGAUGCACUUGCUGAUCCUAUAAUGCUUAGUCGAUCUGAUAACAACAGAGCAUUUUUAAGACAGCUAGAUAAUAUGGGAGUUGACGAUGACGCUGCUCUUUUUGAUCUUUCAUGUACUUUGUUCGUUUCUAACACGAAUCAAACUCGUUCAAUCACUGUGUCAUUUAAUGCAUCUCUCGAUUUGUUCGAAAAAAAAGGUCUCGUUAAAACGACUCAUCGUUUUGUACGGCUACUUAGUCAACUCUUCUUAUCAGAUCAACCACUCUACACCUUUUCAUUACUUCUCGAUGAAGAAAGAGAAAUCCUUCGAAAACUCAAUGAUACUCAUGUCGAUUAUGGUCCUAUUCGAUGUGCUCAUCGUCAUUUCAUUAAGCAUGCUCAACAAUAUCCUCAAAAAUUAGCUAUGGUCUUCGAAGAUCAAUCAAUCACUUAUACAGAAACACUCUUCUAUGCUCAACAAGUAGCAUUCGAUCUUGUUACUGAAUAUCAUGUGUGUCCAUAUGACGUUGUAGUUCAGCUAAUGGAACGAUCGAUUGAGUUAGUGAUUGGUAUUCUUGCUAUUUGGAUGAGUGGAGCGACAUAUGCACCAAUCAAUCCUCAUGAUCCUAUAGCUCGCUUGAAGACAUGUAUGGAACAAACAAAUGCGAAACAUAUCAUCGUUCAUUCAAGUACAAAUCAUAUUUCACUUUCAUCAUAUUCAAAUAUUCGGAUAAAUGACAUUAUCAAUGAUAUGACAGAAAGAGAUUUGAUUGAGAUUCUUUCAUCCAUUCCAGUCUUACCUGAACAUAUUUCACAUAUUGUUUUUACAAGUGGGUCAACAGGAAAACCCAAAGCAGCUCGAAUUCGUCAUCGCAAUUUCGCUUUGUAUAUUUCAUCUUAUAUCAUUCAAUCAAAUGACAAUGCUCUCUUUCAUACAUCAGUAACUUUCGAUGCACAUGUAGAAGAAUCUCUGGGCAGUCUAAUGUCGGGUGCACAGUUAGUGAUCUUGAUCCCUCUAGGACAGUUGGAUAUGAGUAUAUUUGUACGAACAAUCAACCGUCAUCAAGUGACAUAUUUAGGAGGAGUACCGUCACUCAUUAUUAUGUUGACAGAAUAUUUUCGGACAAUAACUAUGGAAAAGUGUGAGCCAAAGGAUUGUUUAAGAUCGCUACGGUGCGUUUCAUCAGGAGGAGAGGCUUUAUCGAUCAAUAAUGUUCUGGAUUUCGCUCAGUUUGCUCAUGAUAAAUGUCAGUUUUAUAAUUGGUACGGUCCAGCGGAAUGUACAGAAGCAGCGUCUAAAUAUUUGAUCAGUGGAAAUGAAUCGAAGCAAGGUCACUUACCCAUCGGUCGACCUAUACCAAAUGUUUAUAUUUAUAUUCUUGAUGACUAUCUUCAACAUGUAAUUCCGGAUAUUCAGAUCGGUGAUAUUGUUAUUGGAGGUAGUGGUGUGUUCGCUGGAUAUACUGAUGAACUUCUUACUCAUCAAGUUUUAAUCGACGUUGAUGGAAAACUGUGUUAUCGAACUGGAGAUUUGGGAAGAUUGAAUAUCGAAAGUGGACAGAUUGAAUUCAAAGGGCGGCGAGAUUAUCAAGUGAAACUCAGAGGUCAACGUAUUGAAUUGACUGAAAUUGAAAGUACCAUACUAGAAGCCACUGAUUGGGUACAAAAUUGUGUUGUGGUUAUUCAAAUAGACGAGGAAAGCUUAUCUAGUCUGGUAGCUCAUGUUAUGGUGAAGACCGAAGACGAUCGUUUAAAUGAAACUGUCGUCGAUUAUUGUCGACAGCAUUUACCAUUCUAUAUGGUUCCAUCGAUGUGGUCGUUUGUUGAUCAUCUGCCAAUAAAUGAUAACGGAAAAAUAGAUAGAAAACGAUUGCCUCGUGUUUCUCAUAAUAGACAUCAGGAUGAAGUAAUUACACCAAGAACCGAAUUAGAAGAGCAACUACAACUUAUAUUUGCUCAAGCUUUCCAUAUGCCACUGGAUGGUAUUGAUGUUACCCUCUCUUUCGAAUUACUUGGUGGUACAUCAUUAGGAAUAAUACAUGCAUUAUCAAUGAUUCGCAGUCAAAUCUAUGAAGGCGUAGAUGUCAAUCUUCUUCUAACAUAUUCCUCGAUCCGAAGGUUAGCUGUUAAACUAGAAUCGCUUCGUUUGUGUGAAAAUGCUAGUAACAGACCAGCUGAAGAUAGCAAAAUUACGUUAUCAUACCCAAAACCAUGUUUAGCUAUAGAAACAGCCGGAAUUUUUGUAUUAGGUGUUGUAUUACUUUUGCCUUUUUAUAUCGGAUACAAAUGGUUAGCGAACCAAUAUUUCUUUUUAUGGAUACCAAUAUGCAAUAUGUUAACCUAUGUUGUGUUCCGCUGGCUUUUGAGUCCUUCAAAUACAAGAAAGAAUGAAAAACUAUUUUCCAUCACUUAUUAUCGAUGGUGGUUUCUGAAUCGCAUGUGGACAUGGAAUAGAAGUCUUUGGCUUCGUUGCCUUGUCGAUACAGAUUUCUACAACUUUUACCUGCGUAUAUGUGGUGCACAUGUUGGAUGCAAUGUACAUAUUUUGACAACGCAAAUCGAUGCACCCUGGCUAAUCAAUAUCGAUGACAACGCUUUUAUUGCCGAUGAAGUGUAUCUUAAUAGUAUUUCAUAUCAGAGUCACACAUUCAAUCUGCAUUCGAUAUCGAUAGGUGCUUCUUGCAAAAUCGAUACGCGAACUGUUCUUCACAAAGAUGUUCAAAUUCAGCAUGAAGCCUGUAUUGAAUCGCAUUCUGUAGUCACAGGUUUGGUGGCCGGUACAAAUCAAGACAAUUUAAUUUUAGUUUCACAACUUUUCAAAGUUUUUCGUACAAUAUUUCAAUUCGCGUGGAUAUUUGUCAUGAUCGCCUGGCAUACUCUGUUAUUGAAUAUUGUAACUUCUAUCUAUUUUUCAAAUUUUCCGAGAUGUUUAACCUUUUCGAUUUGUUGGCUUUUGUGGAUUUUUUCGUCAGCAAUGGCUGGUCUAUUUUUACUGAAAUAUGUUGUCGGAAAAGGCCUGAAGCCAGGUACUUAUAAAAUCAAUUCAUGGUCAUAUCUUCGACAUAUUUGGCUUCGUCAAUUGAUAGUCACAACUGUUCGCUAUUCUCUAUCGGUACUAUUCGAUGAUUAUCAGUCAGUCUGUAUUUCGAUUUUGAGAUGGCUUGGAGUUCAGAUCGACGGCACUAAUAUUAAACUAGCUGAGAUUGUUCCAUUUCUUCGUUUCCCAACUCAUCUUCUUUCUCUAGGUAAUGAAUUUACUAGCUUUGGCAAUGUCCAACUCGUUCCUUUCAAUCUUGACACGAAUUACACAUUUACUAUCAAUCGUAUUCGUUUUGGAAGAAAAGUAACUCUUGGGAACUAUUGUUCGAUUCAUCCAGGAGUUUAUCUUGGUUCCGAUAUACUUGUUGCCACAUUGACUUGCGUAAAACAAGAGACAUUUGAUGUCAACAACAAAUCCGAAAUUAUUCUUCUUGGCAUACCUGCUCGUCACAUGCCGUUUGUUCAACAGACUGUUCAAGUCAAAGAUACAACAACUGAUACGAAUCGAUUUUUAUUUGAUUCUCUCAGACGAACUUUGGCUGCCAAAAUGGUACUCGUAUUUAUCUACAAUUUUUGUUUUCAAUUUAUUUCAAACGAAUUCUACAUUUGUUUACUAAUUCUACCAUUUCUUUUGAUUUCGACGAUUCUCUUCAGUUUUCUAAGUUAUAUAUGUGAACAAUUGAAACAUUGUGUGUUCUCUCUUGGGAAAAAAAUAACUGAUCAAUUUCAUGAGAUCAUGUUUUCUGUAGCUAUCGAUUCAUAUUACAUCAUAGACCCAUUAUUGGGUGGUACUCAAUGGCUGGUUUAUAUUUGCAGAAGUCUUGGUGCUCAGAUAAUUGGAAAUGAUAUUAUUUUAAGCGAAUCAAGCAAUAUUAUGGAUCAUUCGCUUAUCACCGUCGGUGAACAUGUUCGCAUGAGUGCCGGAGCAACAAUUCAAGUGAGUUUAUUCUGAUAGAAAGAAAUCUUAUUAAUGAAAAAAAAACAGUGUACAUAUAUAAUAAGUACUUUUCAGAGGAACGAAGUCUAUUAAUCGAUUUGGUUUUUUUUUAAACACUAUUUAGAAAGGUAUGCAGGCACAGAACAAAUUUUAGCCAUUGAAAGAUGCGAGAUGAUGAAAUGUGAUUUCCAAAAAUAAUAUACAAUAAUAAAUAGUUGGAAACAACAACUAACACCGCUUAAGAUAGGGCUGAUCCAUGAUUUAUUCGAAUACUAUUUACUUUUGUGUUUUGCAAACUUUGUGGUCAGCACAAGAAUUGCAGAGCAACGAUUCAAAACAUUUUGUAUCAUAAGGGAAUGCGUUCAAUGAUUUUUUCAUUGUAAGUAUCUGUAAGCAAUGCAACUGAGUAUUACCAAUUCAUAACCUAACUUUGCGUGCACCAUAAACUUAAUAGACUGAUCUUGUUAUUCGUUUACCAUUCAGAACAGAGGAAAGUGAAAAUGUUGCAAAAUUCGUAUCUAAAUUGAAUAUACAAAUAUCUAAUAUAUAUAUAUAUAUAUAUAUAAUAUUGCUUUUAUUUAAAUAAUGAAGUAUGUGGCGUGUCCUCACGCUUCUUUGUCAUGGACGAACUUCGUCCCUGUGACAGAAAAAGAAAAACCAUACAUAUUGUUCAAUGACGAGAAUAAACAUAUGAAGAAGAAAAAAAUACAUAAAUAAAGAAAUAAAUUUAAGUCACAUAAAUACAGAAAUACAGAGAAGUAAAUUUAAAAUACAUGAUCAGAUUACAUAGAGAAAGAAACAGUGUGCACAGAAAAAGAACAAUACUUUUCUUUUAAGCUAAAGGGAUGGAGAUAAGGAUAGCUUUUAUGGUUACAAUAAUAGCACACUCAGAAGCAUAAAGCGUGAUCAAAUAAGGAAAAUUUGAGAUCGUGGAAUAUGUUUAAGAUUUUCUUACUUGUUCUUCCUUUUUUUACAAUUGAUCUUCUUUCUUUCAAAAGAAGAGGAUUAUGAUAGUACUCGUGUAUAUAUAACAAGUACAUUUUGUGUUGAAAAAAGUCACACAACACAGAUGGAUUUGUUCGGAUCAUGGUCUGAAUUAUCUUAGACCAAUGUGUUUGUGCUAGUUUGUCAAUAGUUUUAAACUUUGGUAGAUGUGAUAUUUCAUCAUUAGUUGCAUCAUACCAAUAGUGGAUAGUUCUAAACAUCUGCCUAUUUACGACUUCAAGAUGAUUUUGUUUAGAUUUUGAUAAGAUUUGGUAGAUGUUCAACAAUGAUUGAUAAUAUGGUCUUAUAUAAGCAUUAUAUAGUCGAUAAGCUAUAGCUUCGCUUAUCAUUCGACUAGAAAUAAAAUACUUAAAUAUUUUAGAAUUUUUACGAAUUUUGGAUUCUAUAUGAUUAAGAUGUGAUCUGAAUGACAGUUUACUAUCAAGAAUAGUUCCAAGAUAUUUUAUUUUAUCACAAUGAGAGAUAAGGUGUCCAUCACAAUCGAUAUGAAGAGGAAUGAUAGGAGCCACUUGUCGAUGGAAUAAUACCCAGAACGUCUUCUGAAAGUUGAUCGGUUGUUUCCAAAUUGAUGAAUAGGAAAUUAAAGCACUAAUGACAUCCUUGAUUUGUUCUAUAAGUUUGGGUAUGAGAGCUUUAGAGGACCAAUUUGCUGAUGAGGACACCAAAACAGAUAGAUCAUCUGCAAAAAGAUGUUUCCAAUGCAGCAAGGAUAUGCUAUUUAGAAUAUCAUGAUAGUAUAGAAUAAAAAUAACUGGUCCUAUACAAGAUCCUCGUGGAACACCCUUAUAAAGCGGGAAGGUGCUAGAUGUAGAUCCAUUUAUAUUUAUAUAAGCUGAUCUUUUAGAUAGGUAGUUCCACAGCCAAGCCAUUAGAUAAAUAGAACAACCUAAACGGUGUAGUUUCAGCAUCAAUCCAUUAAACCAAAGCUGAUUGAAAGUUGAUUUAAAAUCAAUAAAUAAGCCAGCAGCUGCUGUGUUGACCGAUAGACUUUGACCAAUUUGAUCAAUUAUUGAAACUAACCUCACUGCCAUAUUGUGUCCUGGUCUAAAUCCAGUUUGUUCAUCUGGUAAGAUGCCAUUGUCGUUCACCCACUGGUUAAAAUAUGAAAGAAAGAUUUUUUCGUAUAAUUUGGAAAAACACGGUAAGAGCGAAAUAGGACGUAUAUUGUUUAUAUUGACGAUAUUGGUCUUUGUUUUUGACAAAAGGAUAACUUUAGCCGUUGUCCAGUGCGAUGGCAUGCAUAAAUAGGACAUCAAAUAGUUGAAAGAGGAACAAAUGAAUGAAUGGUGUGAUGAUGGUAAUAGCUUGAUUAUCUUGUUAGAGACAUCGUCUACACCCGAUGAACUCUUAUUCUUUAACGAUAGGAUAGUCUUUGUGAUAUCCUUGAUUUUUAUGUUUGAAGCUACCAGUUUUGAUUUAUUAAGAUCAGUUUCAAGUUGUUUCACUAUAUCCUCCGCUUCAAUUUCAAUUGCAGUAGAUGUAUUCAAGUGCUUGGAAAACUGUUCUUCAUAAAAUAAUUUGGCAAGAUCGCAUAUUUCAUUUGGUGAAGAGAUCACAGUAGCGUUAGUAGAAAGAAAACCGUUGAUAGGUGGGCUAGUUACUGAAAAAUGUUUCCGUGCUUUUCUCCAAAAUUGUUUUAUAUCACCAAAGUUUAGUGAAUUACAAUAUUUGUGCCAAGAUAAACGUUUAUGCGUAAAAAUUUCUUUUCGUAUUAUUGUUGCAUAUGCUUUUAAUUGCGUGAUGAAGAAGGGAUGUUUUGUUUUCCUCACCAAUCGCAAUACGCUAUUCUUUUGCUGUAUUAAAUUAACUAUGUGGGACGGAAGUGAUGAUUUAUAGGCGUCGCAAUAAGAUACAUAAGUCAAUCUGGAUACCAACAAAGACAGAAAACGUUCAUACGUGCUGAAAUAAAAAAUAGCAUCAUCACUUUUGAACAAUAAGUCGUUCCAGUAAGAAAAAGUAAACGUUAAAAAUAGUUUAACUAAUAACCAAUAUGUACGUUUGAUAGGAUAAUGACAAUCACUUUUUCGUA